AUGGAUCCGGAAAGUACACAUGCGCCAGAGAGUGAGUUUGCGCAAUCACCCUGGGUGGAUAUGGGCGGCUUCAGUCCAUCCGAGCAAUCACCCACCCUGGACUAUCAGGGAUUUGGAUACAGUGUCCUGCCCCUCGACACUUCCUACGGGGUCUCAAUCCCACCACCUUAUGCUUCCUUGCCAAUAGCCAUGACCUCCAACAACACAUGGCCCAGCAUGCUCAGCACUCAGGGGCCUUUCGGGGAGGCGGGUAUGCCUGCCAUGCCUCUACCGCCGCCGCCACCACCACCGCAGCAACCUCAACCCUCGCCCGCUAUCACCACGGUUACACCUGUCCCGCCACCGCGCAAAUCCUCCACCAGCGGCUCCACCCCCCGGCGGACUCUCACAGAUGAGGAUCGUCGACGAAUGUGUCUUUACCACGAGGAGAACAAGACAGCUAAACAGACCGACAUAGGAGCAUUAUUUGGUGUCGAAAGAAGUACUGUGUCGAAGGUACUCCGUCAGAAGGAGAAAUACCUGAAUCCUGAUGAUGGCACUCGAUCGCCCAUUAAGCGGGCCAAAGGAAGAGUACCAGACAUCGAGAAGGCUCUUUCUAACUGGGCGAGAAACUAUCAACGACAGGGUCAUCCUCUGAAUGAUGAGAUGAUUCGUGAAAAGGCUCUUUUCUUUGCCAGCACUUGCGGCAGUCCGGACGGCAAGGAAAAGGUGUUAAGCACCAGCUGGCUCGAGAAGUUCAAACGCAAAUACAACCUCAUGGGGGCUAAGUCUCGAAAGAGCUCAUUUAGUGCGAAGAGUGACUCGGACAGUCCGACCUGCCUGAGCAUCAAUUCGGCAUUGGCUUCUGCUAUCCACUCUCCGACCAUUCUCUCCCCAACAUCGACCACUGGCUUCCUCAGUCCAUCACCCUUGUCCCCAAUGCAGAGCAAUGAGAAUAUCAGGGCAGAGUUUGCCCAUAGUUUGGCCCAGAUGACCGGCGAUUUUCAGCAUGCGCAUAGCCACAGCACCACUUCCCUGGACACAUCCUCGACGUUCUCCGCCGGUGUGACGAGCCCAACCUCCACCUUAAUUACCGACAGUCCAUUCACGCCUACGAGCCAAUCCCUGACUUCGCCAGUGGACGGCAGCUCCAAUCGACCCCGAAGCCAGACAUUCCCACUGGGCUCGACUGACCCGACAUUGAUCUCUCCGGAAGACAAUGAACAAUUGUCGAAGGCUGCUCUGCGGCAAUCCAUCUUGAUGCAAGAGGCUGCUGCUCUAGAGGAACCGCAAGAUCAGAAGAUUCUUCCUGGACUGGACACCUCCGUGGGUACGAUCAAACGCAAUCGCAGUAAUCCGGAAAUCAAGCCUAAGACCACAUAUCCGCCGCUCUUUUCGAAGUCCACGAACGCUUCUCCCGUGAGCUCCCCUGGAUCUCCUAGUCAAGACGAAGCCAGAAAGGCCUUGGAGUUGGUCAUGAGUUAUCUGAAGCACCAGCCGGCGGGCCUCGUGGCGGAAGACUAUCUCACUAUCGGAAAGUUGAUGGAAAAGCUUGAGCUCACCAAGCCAUCGCAGGAAACACUUCCGGGAGGUCUCAGCCGAAUUGAUGAGCAUGAAGAUGCGCCUACUUUGAACAAGAAACGAAGCAUCCACAGUAUGGGUUAA